UUUGUGUGUUUUCUUAACACACAAACAUAUCAUACAACAUUGUUCUUUUGUCUCAUGUCGGAAAAGAGGCAAUGUUGUGUUGUGAUGAGGGUUAACUUGGAUUGCAAUGCUUGUUGUAGAAAAGCUAGGAGGAUUAUCAUCAAUAUGAAAGAAGUUGAUACACACAUGAUCAGCAAAAAGGAACGUCAAGUAAUCAUUUGCGGACGGUUUAGGCCAUCGGAUGUUGCAGUUAAACUGCAAAAGAAGAUGAAACGAAGGGUUGAGAUUCUCGAAAUUGAAGAUCUCUCCGGUGGACAUGGAGGAGGAGAAGAAGGACAACACGAGCAAGAGCCACCAUAUGAACAGCCGUAUGAUUAUUAUCAACAACCUGAUCACUUGACCACACCGUUGUUGUGUUAGUACUUAUCUCUAAUUCGUUUGCUUUUUAAUUCUCCAAUGCAUACAUAUAUUUACAAAAAAAAAUGUAUAAAACUAUAAAGAAUUACAAUUUGUGUAUAUUAUUAUUACCAACACUUCACCACACCAUUAUUGUGUUAGUUAUCUAUAAUUUGUUGUUAUU